AUGGUUGAGAAGAAAUAUUCGGGUAGUGAAUCAGCAUACAUGUUAUUCUAUCGGCUGCGAUCUGACGACAAGUCGACAUGCAAAAACGAUGUAAUUGAUGAGAUUCCGAAGUAUCUAAUUGACGACAUCAACGCAGAAAAUGCCGAGUUGCUAGAAGAUCGUGAUGCCUUGUUGUAUAAGCUCUAUGUAAAAGUAUAUAAUUGUAGAGACUUUAGCUACAAUGAUGGAUUGUUAACACCUCUUGGGAGAGAUGCAGAUCUAGAAGAGCUGGCCGUCUUACUGCAGAUAGACAAAAGGACGGGCGUUGUAGGGAUUAAAAGUGAUAUAUUAAACUCGUUUCAAUGUGACACUGAGAUUGGUGAUCAUAAUGUUACAAAUUCAUAUUUAUAUAUGGCUCGGCGUUUUGAAGGGUGCUUACACUUGUGCCGACUACUGGAUAAUAGUUAUGAUAUGGAAAAUUUUGAUAUUAGUGGCGACGAUGUUUUAUUCUAUUCUGAAACUAAAUUAAAUGGAUCGAUUCAUAUUACUGAAAAACAUCAGCCAAUAGUAUUAAAAUUUACAACAAUGUCCGAUAUAGCUUCACUGAAUGAAAAAUUCGAUGUUAGAGCUUACAGCAAUAUGAAAUUGUCAACAUUGUAUGAAAUUAUAAUUGAACAUAUUGGUUUUACAAAAGAUGAUUUAUGUAUAUUAAGAAAUGGAAGUACAAGUUUACAAGCUGAAUUCCUUUGCUUGCUUCAAGAUUUAAGAAAUAGUGACAAGUUUGUGGAAGAUAAAAAUCUUGCCCAUGUAGAGGAACUAUAUAUAACGGAUCUACUAACGAUACCGGAAAGUAAGCAAUUACACAAUCAGCUUCACUGCAUCGUCAAGAAUAUUAUAAGAAAGAAUAACCAAGAUCAUAAUACAGAUGAUAUUAUAGUUCUACAGACAAGUCCUGAUAGAAUGGUAUCAGAAAUAAAGACUAUAGUGAUAUCACGAUUUGGAUAUGACGAUUAUCUUAACUAUCGGUUAAAGACUUUUGAUGGAACGAUUUUACGAGAAUAUUUGAAUAUCAGAAAAUGUGGAUUGGAAGGCAACCAGGUAUUGUUGUUAUUAGAGAAAGGGGAAGCGAUUACAAAGAUGUCAAAUAUUCUACUUACAUAUGAUACCCCUUCUAGUGCUACUGGAGGUAGCAAUUGUGAGAUUAUAGUCGACUCUCAUACCAGCGCUAAAAACUGUAUGUCUAAAAUGAUAAAGUCAGCGAAUUUAAAAGAAGGUAGCUAUCAUCUUAUGAAAUCAAAUUUAUGGUUGGAUAGUUUCGCUGUUAUUCAUGAUUUGGAAAAGAGUUUACAUCAGCUUAAUAUCGAACAUGGCGAUCACUUAAUUGUACAAGAGGGUCUACUACUUCCUGAAGGCUAUAUUAAGAUUAAUGUCAAAAUUUUUAUACCUUCGGAGGAUAAAUUCCAUAAUCAUUACAAUUGUGACGUGCUAUUAACUCAGUGUCUCAUGAAUAAUAUGCAAGCGGAAUAUUUAAAAUCGAAUUAUAUCAUUUUUGAUAAUUGUAUAGAGAUUGCAUUAGAUUCCACUCUUCAGGAAUUAAAAAUACAGUUACUGACUAUGCCUGAAGCGUACAGACUACAGCUAUCUUCUAUUAAUCAUCUUAGAGUUUACCAUCAGCGCGGCAAUAAAUGCAAUCUUCUUAAAAGUGAUACAAACCUGAUUAAGAAUUUAAACAUUGAGCAUCGAUCAACUAUUUGCAUGCAGGCGUUGACCUUAGAAGAAAUGCUGUCAGUAGACACAACUCUCUUAUUUAUUCGUCAUCGGAUUUCUGAAUGUAGAGAGUAUGGUCCAGCUAUUGAAAUAUUAUGCAACUCUAAUGACUUGCAGAACCCUCAGUCAUUAAAAAAGAGGAUACGAUAUGUCUUAGGAAUAGAUCCUUCACAACAGUUGACUAUUGCUAAACAUGAUCAGCAACAAUUCCAAUGGAUAGUCAUUACUGAGUAUAUAAAUAAUGGUAGCAAUCAAGGUAACAAAGUACGCAAAAAUAAGAAGGGUAAAAAGCAUCGUCAGAAGUCCCUGUUAGAUGGCCCGUAUUUUAUAUGUGAUGGUGAUGUCAUAGGAUUGAAGAUGAAUGGAGAUGAUGAUAAUGAUGAUUUUAAAACCGCUGAAGACGAUAAUGGCAGAGCGAAAUUAGAGAUGAUAGAGAGGCAGAAGAAUCAAACUAAAGCUGCUAGUACUGCUGGUAUCAAGAUACAUGUUGACAUUCAAUAG